UCUCCCCCUCAUUCUGCUUUAGUAUUAACAGGCUGGAUUUUGCCUGAAUACCGAGGACAUGCGCGCUGAACAGGGGGAGGAGGUGUAACAGAGACUGCCUGCUUCUGAUGUUUUGAUUCCAUGAUCACUCAAUUAUGGUGCGGAACUCUCAUUUUCUACUCGCUUGUUCUUUUGGAAAAGGAGAAAAGUGAGGAGGAUUUUUUUCUCCAUUUAGGUGCAUGAACAGAAUUUGACACUUUUGUUUUUUUGGGGGGGAGGCUUUUUUACUUUCUUGCGGAGAGUGUUAUUAUUAGAUUUUUCUAAUAAUCGAUCGCCCACGCCGCCACCCUGAAGUUCAUUGUUAUUAUCUUGGCCGCCGGGAUGGUGGCCUUCAUCGGAGCGGUUAUCUGCAUCAUCGCAGCCGUCCACACCGGAUCCUCCAGGGCUGCCGCGGCGCAACAGCAACCAGCAACCGACAACCACUCGCUGUAUCCGGACGCGGCGGCGCAGACCCCCGCUGCAGGGGGCUCCGUGGCCCGGGCCGGAUCUUUGGGCGCUCUCCAUGGUUCUGAAACCCCCAAUUCGGAGGCACCAACCUUCAACAUCGGGCUCGGUGGACUGGACGGGGUCACUGGACUCACCGGGCACGACCCAACCGUUAGUCGACUCAUCUGCACGCCGAUUCCCGCCGGGGAGUGCAACCCGAAAAACUUUCAGCAACAAGCGGAAGACCCGUCGCUGUACGCCGGCGAAGACUGGGGCUACCUCCGCACCACCGCGGAGGAGCUCCGACAGACGGUCCUGCAGCAGAAGGACCAGAUAUUAACGGACAAGCGGACCAUCAGAGAGCUGACGGGGAAACUCACUGAGUGCGAGAAGGGUCUGGACGGAAAGAGCAGCAGCGCGGACAGACGCGGGAGCGCUGCGGGGCUGCUGGGGGGCAAAAGCACGGCUGAGGAGACGCACCUGGAGCGAAUCAUGGUGCGGGACAGUCCGGCUUCGACGUCCGACAGUGUCCACUUGCUCACCGUCAGAGCUGUGGAUGAACUGGAGCAGGCUAUCACUCAGCUCAAAGACCGCAUAGAGAAGCUGGAGUCAGACAUUGGCCCAUUUCCUCACAACCAGACGGACGGCAGCACCUCAGGAGUGCCAGAUGAAGGCGGAAUGUCUGUUGGCCCAGAAAGGUUGGCUGAUCCCGGGCCCAGAGCUGGUGCUGACAGGCCCUGGAGGAUGGAAGACUUGGAGGGGGAGCUGGAGAGGAAGGUGGAGCUGCUGGACAAAGAAAGAAAAGCCCUGAGGCUGGAAACAGAGAAACACAGACAGGAAAUCGACCGGGGCAUCAAUAAACUACACCACAGAAUCUCAGGACUGGAGGAAGGUAUUGCAGGCCAUUCUUUCCCGGAGGGAUACAGACUUUCCUUCCCAACUCGGACCAACUACAUGUACGCUGUUGUGAAACACUCCAUCCCAACUCUGCGGGCUUUCACCGUUUGCCUUUGGCUGCGGCCUGCAGAGGGAGGAAUCGGGACCCCUUUGUCUUACGCUGUUCCUGCGCAACCCAACGAACUGGUGCUGCUGCAAGGCCUGCACACCCCCACUGAGCUGCUCAUCAAUGACAAGGUGGCGCAGUUGCCUCUAAACCUCUCCAGAGGCAGCUGGCAGCACAUCUGUGUGAGCUGGAACCAGAAGGGCGGAGCCUGGCAGGCCUACCAGGGGGGAAAGCUGAGGGGCGAGGGUCACGCACUGGCAGCCGGACAUCACAUCAGACCUGGAGGAGUGGUCAUACUUGGGCAGGAGCAGGAUUCCCUGGGUGGUGGUUUUGACUCAUCCCAGGCCCUGGUUGGAGAGUUGUCCCAGGUGGGUCUCUGGGACCGAGUCCUGUCUUCUAGCCAGGUUGCCAGCUUGGCUCGCUGUGGCAAAGUAACCCAGGGCAACGUGGCCCCCUGGACCGAGAACGGAGUUGAGGUUUAUGGUGGAGCAACUAAAGACCCGGGAGAGCCUUGUAGUAAACACAACAGGAGCUCUCAAUGACCGAUGGGGGAGGCUUUGAGAAAAGGGGAAGUGAAGGAAGGGCGCGGGGAGGUGUAGAGCAACAAUUUCAAGAAGGCAAGAUUCAGUUUGCCCAGUAACACAUACGGGAUUUUCUGUGGCAUGUAUUAAACAUAUAUAUAUAUAUAUAUAUAUAUGUUGAGAAAACAUGUAACAAAACUAGUAGGAUUAGCUAGCUAACAAACUGACAUUAUCCAACUACUAUGGGAAUUAUUAAACAUAUUUGGAAAUUUGCUUUUUCAGCAACCAGCUUAGCAUAAAGACUGCAAACAGGGGGAAACAGCGUUGUCCAAAAAAAACCAACAUUUUUAACACCUUCCUCUUUUGUUUAAUCCAUACAAAAGACAAACUGUCAUUUUUACGCUUUGUGUUUUGUACAGAUUAAACAAACAGAUACAACAUCAUAAUUAUUGAGUGUCAGUGAAAUUAGGCAAAUAAUUGCUGCCUUUGAACAGAGCCAGGCUAGCUUUUUCUCCCUUUAUGCUAAGCUAAGUUAGCCGGCUGCAGGCAGCAGCUUCAUACUUACUCAUACAUACACGUACAUGUGAGUGAUAUCAAUCUUCUGAUCAAACUCUCAGCAAGAAAACAAAUAAGUGUAUUUCACAAAAUGUCGAACAUUUCCUCUAAACUGAUCAGGUCAGUGGAAUUGUUGUCAUUUAACAGUUAAAAACUGAGCAGAAAUCACCACAGUCUAUUUAUUCUGUAGAGACAGCCGAGAGCUAUUGACCUCCACUAUGGCUGCCAGAAGUUGUGUCAAGCAAGCUGAAAUCCCUCCAUGAGUGCAGAAGGGUCGGCGUGAAGUUAAUUAAGAGCUGCGACAGCUUUAAAAUUGGGAGUCAGCGUAAGGUGAUGAAAAAUGUUGGAGAAAGUGGCGGGAAUAUUAAGUAGUAGAUGGCAUCAAGGAGUAGAUGAUGAAAGAGAAAGGAAAGAGGGAGGUCAGGGAAAAAAAAUACAUAGAACAGGCACUUUUAAGGAGUGAUGCUACAUUGUUUUCACCUCUGCAUGAUGUAUUCAUAUACCUGUAAUGUUUUGCCACUGCAAUGUGUUGCUCACAAGUUUCACAAAAGAGGACAGCGCCUCCUGUACACGUGGCUGGCAGGAGGUUGUCUUUUUUGUUUGUCUGUGAAGGCCUGGGGGUCUCUUUUGUUCCUUGAAUAAGUUACUGAACAAAUCUAAAACAAGAGUCUUAUUCCCUAAGGAAGUCGCAACCACUAGCAGAAUGUUGCUAUUUUCUUUGGUGUAUUUUACAUAUUUUUUCACAAGCUUCUGCCCCAUUUAUGUCAUUCUGUGCAAAUGUAGAAAAUCAAGGUCAGUGUGUGCUUUAAUCAUUAAAUUAUGUCUCAGAUGACAACUUUUGGCUCAACCUUGUACACUACAUGUUCUUUAAAUUCAUGCUCUUGAAUGCAACCAUCAAACAUACUGUACAUAACAUUUUAUCAGUUUUAUUAGUUUCAGAUCUGCAUAAUGCACUCACAUGACUGUUUCCUCUUUGCGAUUUUAUACAUGCAGCCACUCAACAAUGUGGUUUGACAGCUCAACAACCUCCGACUCCUCCAACCUUCCUACAUUCCAUGCAUGAGUUGUACUGUAUGUUUGCAACAUACCUCGUCAUUUUGAUGAUUAUUCUCAACUGUUGUAUGAGACAUGAUGUUAAAUACAGAUUGUUCAUUGGCUCUCCCUAUAUAGCAUUAAAAUAAUCCUUGGUGGAAAGUGCCUGUCAGGGUGUUUAUGCCCAUGUAAACAAAUCAUCAAAUGUUAUUAUUCUGAUGGAAAAUUCACACUGCGAGAUAUUUUGAACUAAUUAAGCAUCCAUGUUUCUGUGAAUUCCCUGGGGAUUUUUUUUUUAAGAUUUAAGAGAGUUUCAUAAAACAUUUGAAAACACAGACACAGGACUUCUGUGCAGUGUCGCCAAAACUGAUGCUAAAUCAGGUCAAAACCAUCUUGCUGUGCCUAAUAGUGUCUUUGAUGAUGCCUCUCAGUCUGCAGCGUUAUUAUUAAUAUUAUGCCUGGUGUUUGUUCAGCUCAUGUCAGAGUUUUUUGGGGCUUUUUGAUAGUGAUGUGGCAUCAUUCUGUUUACAGUUACUGGAAUUGAAAGCUUUUUAACUAUUGGCAAUGUUUGUCUUUUCUUACAUGAUAAUUCUGUUAUUUUCUUUUUCACUGUAUGCAUUGAUAUCUUGUCUAAUUUCAUGUUGUUGUUUGUAUAAAUACUGUAUGUCUUUGUCUUGUAUGGUGUUGUAUUGUUCUGCAUAUGUGCUAUGUACAAACCUAAAAUCUUUAUUAAAGUCCUAAUUUUCAGAUGUAAAGAA